CUUAUUGAUGUUCGUGAUGUUAAAUGAGAUGAGCGUGUGGGUGGAAACGAACUGAGUUUGGGGGAGGAUUCACAAACAAGCAAAUAAAUAUCACAGUUCAGUCAUGUUUCAGUGCUUUCUGACAUUUUAAAGGAUUACUACCAAGAGCUUUUCAGUGAACCGAUGAAGAAAAUGUCACUGAAAUUAGUCUUGUUCUGUUUGUGUUUCUGGCGUCCGGAUGGUGGGUUUGUUGCUCGAGGAAUGAGACUAAUUUCAGUAAAUGAAGGAGAUUCAGUCACUCUAUUCUCUAAUCUUACUGAAAUGAAGGAUGAUGAUUGGAUUCAGUGGAUGUUUAGGUCUGGAAAAGAACACACUUUAAUAGCUGAAAUCAAUGUAACAGACGACAGAAUCACUGUGUAUGAUGAUGUUCUUGAUGGGAGAUUCAGAAACAGACUGAAGCUGAACAAUCAAACUGGAUCUCUGACCAUCACAAACAUCACAACUGAAGAUGCUGGACAGUAUGAACUACUGACCAACCAUGUGAGAAGUAGAUUCAGUCUCACUGUCUAUGCUCGUCUGCCCGUUCCUGUCAUCAGCCGGGUCUCUUCAGAAUGUUCUUCAUGUUCAGUUGUGUGUUCGGCUGCGGAUGUGAGAAAUGUGACUCUCUCCUGGUACAAAGGAAACAGUUUAUUGACCAGCUUCAGAGUGUAUGGUCUCAGCAGUGACAUUUCUUUACGUCUCUGGGUGGAAAAUCAGGAUAAAAACACGUACAGCUGUGUGCUCAACAAUCCCAUCAGCCACCAGACUGUACAUGUCAACAUCACUCAACUCUGUCACACGUGUGAUGACUCUGUGAAGCUGUGAUCCGAUUGGUCCUCUCUGCUCUGGUGGGCGUGGCUACUGUCAUUUUUCUGGUUUAUGACAUCAGAUCUGAUAUCACGGACACAUUCACACAUCAGGAAAAUGUCCUGUCUCAUAAGGAUCUUGACUGAACUUCUCUUCUGGCUGAACAUGAAAGCUCUCUCUCUAAAUUAUAUAUUUUAUAUUUUUCUAUAAGAUACACAAACCUCACUUUACUACUGCUGUCCAUUUCUCAUCUGUAAUGGCUUGCUUGUCUUUAUCAAUAAAGCUUUCUCACUCUGA